AUGGACGAUAUAGAAUUCCAGAGCUCUGAGGUCCGAUGCACUCUGUUUUCUGCCACGCGUGGACUGCCCUUUAAAAAGGGAGACUGGCUUCCUGUGCCCUUGCCACCGUCGAACUACGAUGAAAUAGCUGACCAUACAUACGACGUUCACGCCCUCCUGCACGGCAUAAAGCGCUGCUCGGUGCGAGAGCUUGUGUCAAUAUUGGUGCUCGCUGAUAUCCUCAAGAUCGAUAGCAGCUCAUCGAUGAAACAGCGGGUGGUAGCGUUUCUCGCCCAUCUUGCCAUUUUGAAGCACUGCUCGCUCUCGAACCGCCCGGUGCAUCCUGGUGUGGCACGCAGCAAUGAAGAGUUGUCCUUUCUCAAAGUGUACUGCGAGCUCUCACGGAAGGUCUUGGGAGAACGCCCAUGGGAGGUGGCCGUGGGUUCCACCUCGACCUCCGUAGUUUGGGAUGCAUACGAUCUCGUGGACGGGCGGCUGUGGUUGGCAGUUCUGGAAGGUCAAUCCAGCGUCACAAGCGAGACCAAGAUGGCUUCCGACUUUCGUGACCUGACCACACGUCUUUCGGCACUCUGUGGCUUCGACCUGCAGGAUUGUCUGCCUGGUUAUCUCAGUACAUCCUCCUCACCGACAACUGAAGCUCUCACAGUGCCUUCUACCAUCAUCACUGGCUCCAUCCUUCCGUUUCAGCACCCAGACUUUGAUGAUUUUUUGGGCGAUGUGGCCGUGCCUGUAGACUGGGAUGCUGAACAAACUCUGGCUAGCAGCCAUAAUUCGACUCAAGUCUCACAAGAAGAGACACAUUGGCACAAUACCAAGAAGCUGGCAGCAACAACGAUAAACAAACCGGACCCUAGGAAAAUGUUUUAUUUCAACCGCCGCAACCAGCGUUUCAUGACACAGAUUCGAGACUAUGCUGCCAGCUUGACUAAUGCAACGGGCAAGAUUCUCGACCGCGAGACCAUCGUCACGGCGGUACCACCCAAAAAGCUACAGACAGUAGUUCAAAAGAGUUUCAAGGGCAAAUCUAGAGAAAGAAAGGCUGUGACCAGCAACAAGAAUGUGGCACAAGAAUACCAAAAAGCCAAGCAAGUUCCGAACAUUGUCAUGAGAUGGCGCUCGGCCUACGAGAAUCUGCAGAAGGAAAAAGAUACUCUCAAGCAGUAUGAAGCAGCCGUGAAGUACUUUCAGAACUUGUCUCCGCUGAGUCGCGACAUUGUCGGUGCCGACGUGGUGCUCCACGUCUGCAACAUCCUCGGCAAAUGCCUGUGCGAUAGCAGCAGCAAGCUAAAAAUGAUCGCGCUCAUAUGGGCACAGAUUCAGGAGCUGAGCCGACUGCCACUGUCUGCCGAGGCUGUGCAGAUCGCCCAGGACCUGUGCAAGGCGGUGAUGAUUCCAGUCGGGCCACUUUCCGUUCGCACAGAUGGUCUCAUCACUCCCCUCGAAUCGCGGUCUGCAACAGUGCGUGUGAUAAGCACGCUCGAGAGGGCAAAAGACGAUGCGCGUCUAGUGACUCGGCCGGCCGCUUUCCAGCUCGGAGUCUGUGGGCCAUAUCUAGAGCGAGGCUUUGACUCGCAGCCGGAUGCGCGCGUGCUGAACUUUGAGCCGGAUGGAUGGCAGCGCAAGGUUCUGGAUGCGAUCGAUGAGCGGCAGAGCUUGUUUGUGGUGGCGCCAACAUCGGCAGGCAAGACCUUUAUCUCGUUCUACGCCAUGAAGCAGGUGCUGAAACAGAGCAAUGACGGCGUUCUCGUCUAUGUGGCCCCAACGAAAGCGCUGGUCAACCAAGUCGCUGCCGAGAUCGAGGCGCGCUUUUCCAAGACGUUCCCACAGAGCAGCAGUGGUGGAAAGUCGGUAUGGGCCAUCAAAACACGUGACCAGUGCAUCAACAACCCGACAGGUUGCCAGGUUCUGGUGACGGUACCGCACAUGCUGCAGAUCCUACUAAUGUCACCUAGCAGCAUGGAGGGUAGUAAUCCGUGGCCUCUGCGGCUGCGCUGGAUCAUUUUUGACGAAAUACACAGCAUUGGACAGUCCGACGAGGGAGUCGUGUGGGAACAGCUCGUGCUGAUGGCACCCUGUCCCAUCAUUGCGCUGUCGGCUACCGUUGGAAACCCCUAUGCGUUCCGGGACUGGCUCACUAGCUGUGAGAAGUCCAAAGGCCGCCAGAUACGCAUGAUCACGCACUCUUCGCGGUACUCGGACCUACGCAACUACGUCUGGAUGCCGUCGAGACAUUUUCAAUUUUCCGGCGUUACGGCUGAAGACAGCCGUCGAUGGCCGAUUCCUGGCUUAGAAGCUGAUGGCUAUAACGAGAAAACGCCAUUUAUGGUUGUGCAUCCGGUGGCGAGUCUGAUAGAUCGACAUGGAGCCGUGCCGGCACUGCUGUUUCUGUACGACCGCAAGCUUUGCGAAUAUUCGGUGUGGCACAUAGUGGAAGGGCUUGUGAGCGCUGAGAAGGCGUGGAAGAAAAACAGCACUGAAUGGAAGCAAACCAUGGCAAGCUUCGAGAAGCAUCAAAAGGCCAAGACAGCAAAGAAGGCGCCAAAAAUAUCCCGCAGUACAAAGGGGAAAAAAAACGACGAUGACGGCAACAUAUCCAAAUUUGAAAGCAUGCGCGAGGCUGCCAACCAGGAAGUCAGCAAGUGGGACUUGUUCGACCCAAACGCACCGCUAGCAGAGUUCAGCCUAGCGAACCACACAAGGCUUCCUGCGUCGGAACUGGAGAAGAUUAUCAAAAGCCUCGACGGUGCCGGCAUAAGGCCCUUUUUUAUCGAAGGACUCCGCCGCGGUGUCGGUGUGCACCAUGCUGGGAUGAGCCGUCGAUAUAGACAGAUUGUCGAAAUGCUCUUCCGCAAAGGCUUUCUAACCGCCGUCGUGGCCACCGGAACACUGGCUCUAGGCAUCAACAUGCCAUGCAAGACAGUCGUCUUUGUUGGCGACUCAACCUAUCUGAAUGCCCUCAAUUAUCGCCAGGCCUCUGGCCGUGCUGGUCGCCGCGGCUUUGAUACCCUAGGCAACGUCGUCUUCUAUGGCUUUACGCCCCAGCGCGUCAUGGAGGUGUUGUCGUCGCGGCUGCCCGAUCUCCGUGGCCACUUCCCGCUCUCAACGUCGCUAAUCCUGCGCACAUGCAUGUUGCUGCACCAGACGGACCGCUGUUCUUUUGCCCGCGACUGCAUCGUGCGCUCGCUCUUUUCGCAGACACGCAUGUACAUGGGCGGACCGGCUGGACAAGACGCCAUCAAGCACCACCUGCGCUUUUCUAUCGAGUAUCUGCGCCGUAACCAUAUGCUCUCGGUUCGUGGAGUGCCCCUCAAUUUUGCCGGCCUCGUCGGCCACCUCUACUACACCGAGAACAGCGCGUUUGCCUUUCACGCACUGCUGCAGGAGGGCUACUUUCACCGGCUGUGUGCUGGAUUUUCCGGGAGGGCCUCCAACACAGACGAAGUGAUGCGAACCAUGGUCCUCGUGCUGUCCCACCUCUUCUGUCGACGGCUCUGUCGCCGUUACCAGGACCAGACAUGGCUGGCGACCGUGGUCAAGCCGUCGUCGUCCAUUGUCCUCCUGCCACUGCUGCCAUCGGAUGCCUCUGCGAUCCUGCGGGCGAACAACGCGAAGACGCGGACCAUCUUCCAGACAUACGUCCAAAGCUACGUGCGCCAACAUCUGGCCGACCAGCCCGACCGAUCCCUGCCACUGACAGGUAUCCUCGUGGGACCGCAAGGUGACCACAGCAGCAGUGGAGGCGUGCAGCUGCGGUCGCCCUUUGCUGCACUGUCGGGCUUUACCGACGACUUUCAGUCGGUGCACGACCUCUGCGAGACCGUGCGCGCCGGUGUCUUCCUGCAAGAGGCGUCUGUGCCGUACCUUCCUGUGUCCCCAGAUGAUACCGACGGCGUGCCUCUUAACGCAUACAUCUACGACUUCUUCCGUCACGGUGACCUGAGUGCGCUGAAAAAUGGCAACGGCAUCAGAGAAGGCGAUGUGUGGUUUUUGCUGCAGGAAUUCAGCAUGAUUCUGGCCACCAUCGUCACCAGUCUGACCCUAUUUCUGGAACCGGAUGCGGUGGCAUUGGAUGAUUUGGGAGUGGAUGAGGAUAUGUGGGACGAGGAAGAUGAGCAGGACGAGCAGGACAUGGAUUAUGAGGGCGAGAACGUCCAAAAGAUGUCUACUGCGGACACUGGUACCGCGGCCGUCGCACGUCUACACAAGGAGAAGCGGAAGAAGGAAAAGGUGGCCGAUUCCUGGGAGGAUGAGACGGAUUCAGAUUCAUCCACCUCGACCACUACGACAAAAUCAGCAACGGUCAUCUCCACAAGCAGACCCAAAGACAAUGAAAGCCAGAUGCGUCUCCGGAAUGUGCUUUCGGCCUUUAAACAGCUGAAGGCGCAGUUUGAUGUGAAAUUUCGCAAGGUCUGGGCAUGA